AUGAAGGCUUUUUCGAAACUAUCGCUGAGCUACCUUGUUCUCGGAUUAUUCUCUAUCACUGUUGCUGCCGAUGAAGGAGGCUGGGAGACGAGCACCCGUCAAUGGAACCACCCUGUGUUUGAAAGACAGACGAGUAAUACACCAACCGGUGUAGUUCCUCAGUGUGCUCCAUUUUUAAUUGGGCAGGUUUCUUACGGAACACAAGUCUGCCUCGACGUAUCUGGCUCUAAUCUUAUCGUCAAUUACCCAAUUACGGAAGAUUUUACCUACACAGACGCUCAUGUUUGGAUCGGUACCGGCACACCACCCAAUCCUCCUCAAUUCGGUCAAUACCCCUAUACAAUUGCAAAUGGACAAUGUGAAUAUGGUCCUGGGCAGACCAGUGUGACAUGCACUAUUCCAAUCAACUCAUUCGCAAAUCCAAGCACCGCUUGUGAGACAACAUUCAGUAUUGUCACUCAUGCAAGUCUCACGUCUCCUAAUUCGCCUGAUAUGGAGACUGGAACGGCUGGAGACCAGACGUGGACAAACACCUGGUUUACAUAUUUCUCUUUUGAUUUUACGUGCUCCCCCACCACCACUACGACUACCACCACCACCACUACGACUACCACCGAGCCAACGACUAGCACGACUACCACUGAGUCUACGACUACCACUGAGCCGACGACUACCACCACCACUACGACUACCACCGAGCCAACGACUAGCACGACUACCACUGAGUCUACGACUACCACCGAGUCCACGACUACCACCGAGUCCACGACUACCACCGAGCCAACGACUAGCACGACUACCACUGAGUCUACGACUACCACCGAGUCCACGACUACCACCGAGCCAACGACUAGCACGACUACCACCGAGUCCACGACUACCACCGAGCCAACGACUAGCACGACUACCACCGAGUCCACGACUACCACCGAGUCCACGACUACCACCGAGCCAACGACUAGCACGACUACCACCGAGUCCACGACUACCACCGAGCCAACGACUAGCACGACUACCACCGAGUCCACGACUACCGCCGAGCCAACGACUACCACCAAGCCAACAACCACCACCAAGCCAACUACUACCACCAAGCCAACUACUACCACCAAGCCAACGACUACCACCAAGCCAACUACUACCACCAAGCCAACGACUACCACCAAGCCAACUACUACCACCAAGCCAACUACUACCACCAAGCCAACGACUACCACAACGUCCGAUUGUACAACCUAUACUGUUAGCAGCUACUCCAACGGCCCCUGUGAAACAAUCACCCACUGCGACUCAAAGUGGCAAACGAAACCCUGGACAACAAGUACGAGCUACUCUUGGAAGCAUUGGAACAGGGACCAAAUCUACGAUAAGUUCGUACCCGAGCAGUAG